AUGAAUGCCACAAAGUUUGUUGUGCUUCUGAUCUUGAUAGGAGUUGUGUGUGCCAACGUUGGCGCAAGGCAGCUCCAAGAAGUGCCCAAAGACACCAAACUAGACAUCUCUGUUCCCAAAACUGCCAAUACUAACGGCGUUGGAUCUCAGCUUUCUUUUGUUUUUGCUUACAGUGACGCUUACAGUGAAGGCCUAGGCACGGCUACCGCUGAUGCGGGUCCUGGACGUCCCGGCGCAGGUGCAUCUGGAAGUGGGAGUGCAGGUACCAGAGGAUAUGUCCUUGCGGAGGGUCCCCGCGCAACCGCAUUUUCUGGGAGUAGGGCUGAUAGUCAAGGCCGUGGUAUUGCUUCAGCUAAUCGUGGUGGUGCAGCCGCCGAGGGAGCUGGUAACGGAAGUGCCAAUACAACUACGGGUGGCAGCGCCGGCCCUUGA